UAUAUGACAUGUUUCUUCACCUAAAUGUUUGCCAUAGUUUUAGGAAAACAUGGCAAAGGUCUGUUCCAAACUUCUCUUCCUAUCUGCCAUUUGCAUAUUCAUUGCUCAAGCCUUUGCUCAGCCAAACUUCCUAUACCAUUUUUGUUUAAACAAUGGUAACUACACAAGCAACAGUACUUACAAAGCAAACCUCAAUCAACUCCUCUCCUCCGACUCUUCCAACACUGAAAUUGACUAUGGGUUCUACAACUCUUCUUAUGGCCAAAACCCGGACAAAGUAUAUGCAAUUGGACUUUGUAGAGGAGAUGUUAAGCCGGAUGUUUGCCGUAGUUGCCUCAACAACGCUACAAAUCUUCUCCCACUGCUUUGUCCUAACCAGAAGGAAGCAAUAGGAUGGUAUGAUUAUUGCAUGUUACGCUACACAUUCCGAGACAUAUUUGGGAUCAUGGAAGCUAGUCCUGUUUUCUAUAUGUGGAACAAUAAUAACGUAUCCGCUAAUGUGGAUCAGUUCAAUCAGGACCUGAGGACCUUGUUGGAUAGCCAAAGAGGUCAAGCUGCAAAAGGUGGUUCUCUUCGUAAGUUUGCAGCGGGAAAUGCAACAGCACCAAACUUCCAAACACUAUAUUCACUUGUGCAAUGCACACCUGAUUUGUCUGAGCAAGAUUGCAGUGAUUGCUUGGCUGGGGCUAUGGGAGAUAUACCACAAUGUUGUGAUGGGAAGCAAGGUGGGAGAGUUGUCAGACCCAGCUGUAAUUUAAGGUAUGAGGUCUCUCUCUUCUAUGACCCCACAGAUAUAACUGUACUAUCGCCUCCGCUAGUGCCACCCGUAUCUCCAUCUCCACCAUCAACAAAUUCCCCUGCUGCAAAAGGAAAGAAGAGUAACAAAUCUCUAACUGUUAUUAUUAUAGUUGUGCCCACUGUUGCUUUUCUGGUACCCAUAAUCUCCGUCUGCAUCUACUUAUUAAGAGUAAGGAAACCAAGGGAGCAACCAGAAAGCAGCGAAGCUGUGGACGAAAUUACAAGUGCGGAAGCCUUGCAAUUUAACUUUGGUAUCAUUCGAGUUGCAACGGAUGACUUUUCUGAUGCAAAAAAACUUGGUCAAGGUGGAUUUGGUGCUGUUUACAAGGGUAAGCUUUCCAAUGGACAAAUUAUUGCUGUUAAAAGGCUAUCUAGAGAUUCUGGCCAAGGAAAUCAAGAAUUUAAGAAUGAAGUUUUGUUAGUGGCUAACCUUCAUCAUCGGAAUUUAGUUAGACUCCUAGGAUUUUGCUUGGAAAGAACUGAAAGGCUUCUAAUUUAUGAGUUUGUGCCCAAUACAAGCCUUGAUCGCUUCAUUUUUGGUAUGGUUGCACUUCCUACUUUCAUUUCACAUCAUAUCCAUUGUAUUUAUUUUGGAUGGCAUGUUUUGCAAGGACAGACUUUGUCAAAUUUUUUCCUGUUUAACAUAAUCAUAUCUUUUGCUAAAUAUGCAGAUCCAAUAAAAAGUGUGUAUCUAAAUUGGGAAAAGCGCUAUAAAAUCAUAGAAGGCAUUGCUCGUGGACUUCUUUAUCUUCAUGAAGAUUCUCGACUUCGUAUUAUUCAUCGUGAUCUCAAAACUAGUAACAUUUUAUUAGAUUCAAAUAUGAACCCGAAAAUUGCAGAUUUUGGCCUAGCUAAAUUGUUUGCACUUGAUCAAAGUGAAGACAAUACAAAUAGAAUUGUGGGGACCUAUGGAUAUAUGGCUCCGGAGUAUGCAAUGCAUGGACAAUUCUCAGUGAAAUCUGAUAUCUUUAGUUUUGACGUGCUAGUUUUAGAGAUAAUAUCUGGGAAAAAGAAUAGUUGCUUCCAACAUGGAGAAAAUAUAGAGGACCUUCUAAGCUAUGCAUGGAAAAAUUGGAGAGAGGGAAAAGCUUUAAAUCUUGUAGAUUCCACAUUGAAGGCCGGUUCAAAGAAUGAAAUAAUGAGAGGUAUCCAUAUUGGAUUAUUGUGUGUUCAAGAAAAUGUAGCUGAUAGACCAACCAUGGCCUCAGUUGUUCUUAUGCUUAAUAGCUACUCUCUCACUCUGCCAAUACCUUUACAGCCUGCAUUUUUUAUGCAUAGUAAUAUUGAAUCAGACACAUCCUUACAAUGGGAGUAUGAUCCAAAGAGGACAGAUUCCGAUCGAUCAAAAGGCAGCUUGGUCUAAGUCUACGCUAUCUCCUUUCUUAUUGUUUAAAGAAGUUGAAAUGUACUACUAUUUUAUAUUUUUUUUAUUUAAGAAUAUAUAAUAUAUGAUUUAUUUA